AUGUUGGCUUGGGGAGAGGAGAAACAUCCACCUGAGAGCGGGAAGCAAAAUGGAAAGCAACAGCAGCAACAGCAACAACGCCGGCGAAAGCCGUCCGGACUUCUUGCCGCAGAACACCAACCAUUACCAGACGACACAAGGAACGUCUAUAUAUCCCCUUCCGCAGUGAGCAAUCUUUCCGACUUGUACGGGCACGGCGUCAACGUAAAAGGCUCCAAUUCUGCUGCGGGCUCGGCGCAACGGACAGCGGCCGAGGGUGCUAACGGCGGUCGCGACAUCACGGAAACUUCCAGCCAACGCGCCAAGGAGGUGCGAGAGCGUAGAAGGAGCCGACGCCGAGAGUCUUCAUUGAGAAUCAAGGUCAGCUUGGGCUUUCCACGCAACCCUGCGGCGGAAGAUGUCCUCCAGAAGAGAGCUAAAGAGGCUGACGAGGAUAGGGAAAAAACAGAGAGCAAGCUCAAGAGACGCUUGGACCACCGUCGCCGGCUUCUCAAUGUCCUCAAGGCCUCGCAUGUCGAGGACAACGACGGUGCUGACCUGGUUUCAAAGAUCGCUCGAUCCGAGAUGCCGCGGGCGGGAGUCGGCACAGGCACUGCUGAUGGAGCCGGCCACGGCUCCGGGCCUCGGAGGUCUUCUCUGGCCGAUCUCAAGGACCUGGCAAAGGAGCUCAUGGCUAGGGAACCUGUCCCGUGUAGUAGGAACGUGGCCACCGUGGACUGCUCCCGGCGGCCAUCAGUCAAACCGGUGGAAUCGAAUCGGGAGCCAUCGUCAAGAGAGGCGAAGAAACGGGCGCUGAAUCAGGGAUGGCGCGAGGUGGUAGAAGCGGUGUUCCCAGAAGAAGCCGACCGACGCCGGCAAGUGGUCCGCUUUCGAGAGGGGUCUGGGGAGGAGGACAGGGAGCGCAAGGAAGCAAGCAUUCGAGGGUUCAUGGCGGCGACCACACCCAAGGAGCACGUAGAGUUUCUCAUCGCAGCAAUGGAUCCCGCUAGGGCCAACGACCUCUCCUCCGUGAUUAAGUGUCUGUUGCUGCACUACACUGGUCCCGUGGCAGACGAGCUGGACAUCUUGCUCGGAGGAAGGAUUGGCGGAAUGGAGAUUCAAGAGCUGCUGGAGAUGAGCUUGGAGGCGCUGGACCACGCGCACACCGCCCAUGUUCCCUCGAUUCUCAUGCUGCAGUGGCUGCUGGGCAGGGCUCCGCACCUCCGGUCUCUACUGCUUCAAGGAGGCGUGGUCUCUCGAGCGUUUCGUCGGCUGGAGAGGGCCGAGGCCAAGGGAUUCGGGCCAGGGGAACGAGCGAUGCAGUACGCCACGCUGUUUCUCGCCACAGGGCUAAUGUUUGAGUGA